AUGUUAAACUGUGUUCGACAAUUGCGAGGAAAAUGGGAGUCCCUCUGUCCUUUCCGCAAUAGAGUAAAUAACGCUGGUUUGAAUCCACCUAAGGAACCUUCGUGGCUGCUGCAGUUGUGCGCGUGGAUUCGCGCAGCUCCCGCGGCCGAGGAUGAAGCGGUGACCGCCCGCGUGGGAGCGGCGCUCCCGUCCUCUUCCCUCGUCGUCGGCCCUGCUCAGCUGGACUCCGCGAGUCGCUGCCCCGCGGAACCACGGCCUUCGCCGCUCGCAAGCGGCCGACACCGAACCGUCGCUGCCCGGAGACCGUCCCACGGCGGGGGCGGGCGGUGCUGUGGGAGCCCGGCCCUGCUCGUGGCGCACCGGCCCGGCCACACGGCGGGCAGGCACAGCUCGGGGCGGGCGCGGCGGGGGCGCCCGGUGCAGGAGACCCGCGGAGCCCUUCCCCGAGCGGCGGCCGCUCCCCAGAAGGGCUCUGCAGCCCGCGGCUCAGCCCGACGGAGCGCCCGGGGCGCCACCCGCCGUUCGGUGCUUCUCCCCCGACGGCCUCAGCCCCCGGGCCGGCUCCGCAGGCCGCCGAAGGGUCUGGGCCGUCGCGAGGGGACACUUGCAGCGUCGCCGGACCGGGAGCCGCGGCGGAGCGGCUCCGCAGCCCGGGAAGAGUGCACGUCGGGUGCGCUCGGCGAUGACUGAUGUAGCCCGCUCUCCCUCCCUCGGAAGGAUAAAUGUAAGCGAGCUGCAAAGUGUAGUUACUAAUAACAAUAACAAUAAAUUACCGUGCUGUUGCUCGGUAGCACAAACAAA